UCAAAACAUGACACAAACAAGAAGGAUUCACGCAUCAGAAAUAUUACAAGGUUCAGAUAAUUCAAACAAAACACUUGGCAAUGAAAACAACAGCAUAAACAAUAGAACAUUAAAUAACGUUGAAGAAAUAGUAAAGGCAGAUACAAAACAGAGUGAAAAAGUAGUUCCAGCCCCUCUAACUAGGCAGCAGAUAAUUGUUAUGGCCCUACUCGCAAUUUCAAAUGUCUCAUCAACAAUAACUUUUUCCUGUAUUGUACCCUUUCUUCCAACAGAAGCUACUAAACGGAAAGGCUUAAGUACAACACAAGUUGGAUUUGUUAUUGGGUAUUAUCAACUUAUUCAAUUUAUUGCUUCACCUGUUAUUGGAAAAUAUAUGGCUGUUUUACGAGCCAACCGAACAUUUACUGGAGGAAUUAUACUUUGUGGUAUGAGUUCAAUAGCUUUUGGUUUUGCCGAUUAUUUGCCUUCUGGCCCAAUGUUUUUCUUUGGAUUACUAGUUUGCAGGACAACUCAAGCUCUUGGCGGAGUUGGUUUUAACACCGCUUCUUGGACAAUUGUUGGGAGACUAUUUCCUGAUAGAAUAAGCCUGGCAACUGGCAUUAAUGAAGUUGCAUUUGGUCUUGGAUACACUUUAGGGCCAGCAAUCGGUAGUGGAUUAUAUGAAGUCGGUGGAUAUAUUUUACCUUUAUUUGUUGUUGGAUCUGCGCAGUUGUUGCUUGUUUUGGGUGUUUUACCAUUUUAUCGUGGCCUUUUAUCUGAGGGUCUGUUUUAG